AAGGGGGAGGGUGCAGCAGAGUGGGUGCGCUGCUUGUGUUGUCUCUGGUGCAGUGUACUGUAACACCAGUGUCCAUGGGCUCUUGGCUUCCCCUCCGGAUGUACUGUAGCUGUGCCUGGGGGCACUGCUCAUGAUCCCUGGGAGCUGUCAGCAGGGAAGAAAGCUUUCUCCACGUUUGGCCCAUGGCCAGUGUAAACUGCAAGGUUGCUGUCGCUCUGUUCAAGAGGACACUAUGCCUGGGCCCUGCUCAGAAGCCCAGUGGUCAGCGGUCGCUGCUGACUGUGAGCAGGCUGCAGGAGAGGGGGCUGAGGGAAGGCCGCACGGUGCAGAAAUGCUUCUCUCCACAAAACCUGUCCGCCUGCAGAUUUCAUCCUGUGUCUCUGCCCCGACAGGAGUCCAUGACUGACAGCUUGCAGAUCUGCUACAAGUACCUGAACGAGACCAGCCGGAGCUUUGCAGCCGUGAUCCAAGCCCUGGACGGGGAGCUGCGGCACGCCGUCUGUAUCUUCUACCUGGUCCUGCGAGCUCUGGAUACUGUGGAGGACGAUAUGACGAUCAGUCUGGAGACUAAGAUCCCCAUGUUGCAUAACUUUCACACCUUCCUGUACCAGGCGGACUGGAGGUUCACCGAGAGCAAGGAGAAGGACCGUCAGGUGCUGGAGGACUUCCCCACGAUCUCGCUGGAGUUUAGGAACCUGGCGGUGGUCUACCAGCAAGUGAUAGCCGACAUCUGCCACAAGAUGGGAGUGGGCAUGGCCGAGUUCUUGGAGAAGCAAGUGGAAUCUCUACUGGAGUGGGAUAAGUACUGUCACUACGUGGCCGGUCUGGUGGGGAUCGGUCUGUCCCGUCUGUUUUCCGCCUCGGAGCUGGAAGAUGCCAUCGUUGGUGAGGAUACGCGGCUCUCCAAUUCCAUGGGUCUCUUCCUGCAGAAAACCAACAUCAUCCGUGACUAUCUGGAGGACCAGCUGGAAGGCAGAGAGUUCUGGCCUAAAGAGGUGUGGAGCAAAUACGGCAAAAAGCUGUCCGACUUAGCCAAGCCGGAGAACAUCGUGCCAGCAGUGCAGUGUCUCAACGAGCUGAUCACAAACACUCUGCACCACGUUCCUGACGUUCUGCUUUACCUGUCCCGGCUACGGAACCAGAGCGUGUUCAACUUCUGCGCUAUCCCACAGGUUAUGGCCAUCGCUACACUGGCCGCCUGUUACAACAACAACCAGGUGUUCAAGGGAGUGGUGAAGAUCCGCAAGGGCCAGGCGGUGACGCUGAUGAUAGACGCCACGAAUAUACAGGCUGUGCGAGCCAUCAUGUAUCAGUAUAUUGAAGAGAUCUACCAAAAAAUCCCCCUGACAGACCCCUCCUCCGGGCGGACACAGAACAUUGUUUCCACGGUCAGGAAGCUGAGUCUGUCCAAUGGCCCCCUGGUGUCCCGACACAAUUUCUCCCCCAUUUACUUGUCAUGCGCCAUGUUGUUGGCAGCCCUGAGCUGGCAGUACCUGAGCACGGUCCAGGCCUCAGAGGAGGUGCACAGUGGCCAGUGAGCCGGACAGGCCUCUUCCCAGUCGUCACCCUCAUCCGUACAGCUCUCCGUGUGUUGGUCAUCAGUGUGUCCUUGUUCUAGGAGGAUUCUGGGUCUUGACCUUUCCUGAGGACACUGAUUCAGCCAACCUCAUAACACAUCAGGAACUGCUUGACUAUAACUGGCCAAUCAUCUCCAUGAGGACGCCUCAUCUUGGGAGGGUCAUGUAAAAUAGAUUGUUUCUAAGACUUUUUGGUUUGUUUAUUAGAAGUAUUCAUAACAGAACUACAGCCCCGUCGGUGUAAAAUGGAACCGCAACCCACGGGCCGUAUAUGCUGGGACUUGUAGUUCCACAGCCCUGCAAUCCACUGUCCUAAAAUGUAUCCAACUUACACUUCAAAGGAACACUUACAGACACAAACUGUCUCCUAUAAUCUGAAUGGUGGAAGUCACAAUUUGAAUAUUUGGUCCUUAUGAACGUUUACAUUGAAGUCCUGCAUAGGUGGUACCUUAAUUCCAUCAUGAGCUCCUCUGACGUGACCAGUGGGCUGCUUAUUGUACCACGUAAGGCCACGUACUGUUUCAAUGACCACACGUUAAAGUGAAUUUCAGCCUUGGCUUAAAUGAGCGUUUAUCCUGUACAUGCUAUCCUACAGCGGUUUUCAGAUACACUGCUUUAUCUUGGUCUUCCUCCAGCGGUUUCUCUUCCUAUAGUAAUGGGUGAUCGCGCUCUGAUCUCUCAGUAGCUUCGAGAUCUCCAUACAUUACAGGAAAUGCAUGGAAGGAUCGCAGAUGAAACCGCUUCUGUAGAGAUAGUUGCAGGAGGGCAUGUAUAAGGCAGCAAUAAGUUGGGUUGGGGGGGGAGAACCCCUGCAAAAGUGUCCUGCGUAUACCGUAUAAUUUCUGAUUAUUUUUUUUUGCAACCGGUCUGUCUUGUUUUCCUCUUUUUAAAGUGUAAAAAAAAAAAAAAAGCUGAAAGAUUGUUGUAAGUAAAUCUGAAAAUCUCCAUUCUUAUCCACCUGCUAAACCAUUGUAUUCUGCCUUUAUUACGGGGGGGAAAAAGGUAUUCUGUGGCCGGAGUGAGACCAGCAUUAACCCUUCUACUGCUGGACAUUUGUGUCUGGUAGCCAGCGGGCUCCGUUCUCUGGCCACGUGCCCCAUCUCAUUGCAGGAAUAGUUAUAUCUGCGCUGUACUUUUCUAGGCGGCAGUGUUGGGAAUGGUCUGUAUUGUGACAUUGUUAUACAAUGUGUUUUUAAUUUUUAUUAAAUAAAAUUAUAAAGUUGAUUUGGA